GCGACAGGAGACGUCGUAAUGGCGGACCGAGCGGAGAGUCGGAGUAUGCGUCAACAUAGGUUGUGCUGCUGCGUCGCCGUGAAUUGAAAGCAACGCGCGCGUGGCGAGGCGAGGCGAGGCGAAGCGAGCGAGCCGCCGCGUCGAGGAUCCGUUCGCGAGGACGACGAACGUUUUGUGAGAUCCGCGCGAGUCCCCGCUGCGAGCCUGCGACACGAUGAUGAACAAUCGCAGGCGGAGCAACAACUUCACGUACGUCAGCUCGUGCGUCAAGUACAUGAUCUUCAUGCUGAAUUUCGUCUUCUGGCUGUUUGGUGGACUGCUAAUCGGCGUGGGCCUCUAUGCCUUCGUGGACAAAUGGCAGGCGACCGGAUCCGUCAGGGUGGAGAACGUCUACGAUGUGGUCCUGAAUAUCUCUCUGGUGAUGCUGAUAGCCGGCGGAGUGGUCUUUGUCGUUAGUUUCGCCGGAUGCGUGGGAGCUCUUCGCGAAAACACAUGCCUUCUUAAAUUUUACUCGCUGUGUCUUCUGGUGUUCUUCCUCCUGGAGAUGGGUGUGGCGAUCGUCGGUUUUGUAUUCCCGCACACAUUGCAGUCCCUCUUGGAGGAGUCCUUCACGGACAAAAUCAUUCAGACGUACAGGGAAGACCCAGACCUGCAGAACUUCAUCGACUUUGGCCAGCAAGAAUUCAAAUGCUGUGGCCUGAGUCAAGAAGGAUACCUGGAUUGGGGGAAGAAUGAAUAUUUCAAUUGUACUAGCCCAAGCGUGGAACGUUGCGGUGUACCGUUCUCUUGUUGCAUAAAUGCUACUGAUAUAUCCAGCGGGCUUGUAAAUAUAAUGUGUGGCUACAAGGUCCAGAUGUUACCAGUGUCGGAAGCGAGUAAAAAGGUGUGGACCAGCGGAUGCAUCGAGAUCGUGCGCAGCUGGGCGGAGCGUAAUCUCUAUACGAUAGCUGGCAUCGCUUUGGGCAUCGCGCUCAGCCAGCUCUUCGUCAUCUACCUCGCGAAAACGCUGGAGGGCCAAAUCGAGCUGCAGAAGUCCCGCUGGCACUCCUGAGCUUGACUUCAGGCCACCUACCGUUACCAGAUACAUUCUCUGGCCAACAGGCAGGCGGCCAGCGGCCGAUCGCGCGGAUCGCAGGACACAGAGACAAAUAUAAACGCGCGAAUGGCAUUUCUCAUCCUCUUUGCGAUCUCUUUAUACAUACUGUGCAUUUUGUCCCUCAUCAAACUCGUUCUUUAUUUCAAGAAUUAUUUUCACAAGUACGUGAGUAAAGGAUAAUACGUCGCCGGCGGUUGACGAGCCUUCUUCGUAAGCUAGAGGAUACGCGAUCGGAGACGUCGAUAAAGAUCUUGCAUAGAGAUUAUAUUACACACGCGAGUGCAGAAAUGGUGUCCUGUGCAUUUAACAAUCGGCGGCAAAAAGGUUCUUUUUAAUACUCAGGAAAGCACAUUUUCUUGCUUACAUAGUUAAUUGCAUGAUUCGAAAUGCUUCGCGCAUGCAUCGAGUUACGUGUCGUGCGAUCAUGCUCUUGCGAAUGCUGCACGGGACACGAUUAAUGCAUUCGUCUUGUACAUGCGACUGGUAACUCGAAAUGCGUUAAAGACAGAAGUGAGAGAGACAUUUACCAUGAUGAAUUACUGUAAUAUGCAUUUCACUGAGCAUGUUACGCUACACGAUGCAUUAAGUUACAUUGCAUUACGUCAUAGUGUUAUAGAAAAAUCGCAGAAUUUUAUGAUUGCAACACAACCUCUGUUUUCCUCGAGCGUUAUAUCUUCUAUCGAUUUGUGAUUUUUCAAAAUUUUUUCUUUUCGUUUUCCAUGUGCAAUGCAACACGAAAUACGCAAUAUUCGUGCAAUAGGCAACAGUAAUUUAUUUCAAUUGAAGAAACUCGGAUCUGAUAUUAUCUCUCUGAGACGCGAGAUAACUCAUUGCAGUGUAUUCAAUCGUUUUCCAUCAUGCUGGCGUAAAGUUGUUUUAAUGAUUAAUAUUGAUGUACUAUUAAUAAGUGACAUAGGAGCUUGUUUCGUAAGAAUUCAGAUAACGAUAAUCGUGUGCACAUUUUUGCAUCUGUUACUUCCAUCGCGAUAUGUAAGUUAGAACAUAAUGAAUUGGAGAUUAGAAUAUCAUCUGUAUAAAUGAAUUUUGAUAAAUUAAUUUGCUCCGCUAAGCUAGGCAGAAAUCAAACCGAAUUGUUUCGAUUUCUUUUUCUAUCGUUUAAAUAUUUUUAAGCAUUCAACGCGUUUGUUACAUAGAGCAACACGUAUAUAAGCAACUUUUUCGUAAUUGAUAAAUUACAAAUGUAUUAUUCUUCUAUAAAUAAGUGGAUGUACGUGCACUGUUGAACUUACGAGAUACUGACAAUUAUUAAUGGUAAUUCUCAUUCACUUGUAGUGUAUGCGAUGCCAUAUCUGUAUUAUGAAAUCAUGAGCGCACAUUUAUUUGAACACAAUAUAUCUAAUUUAUAUUUCUCUGUCGUUAUAUUAGCAUAACUCGUGUAUAUGAGACAGGAAACGUCCAGUGCCAAAGUCAGAAUAUCGUUGCAAUUCUGUUUUAAACAAAUCUGACAAUAAUCUGGUAUAAAUGGUUUAUUUAAUGCAUUUAGAUGUCUCUUUGUCAAGGAUAAAUGUAAAACCAAUAUAAAACCUUCUAGUUUGUAAUAAACAAGUAUUAUUCUAA